GGAGCAUGGUUAUAGAGAAAUUUCGGAAAACAUAUUAACAAAAAUUCUCUUUGAAUGUAUUAGAUCUGAAAUCGUUGCCACUGAAAACCAAUCGAAAUCGCUGCAAUUAAUUUAACCGUUUUUCAAUAUUUCUUUCUCUUCAGAUAAGACCAGAUCAGAUCCACAGCGUCUCAUUUCGCGGAUCCACCGCCAUGGAUUUCAUGAAGGUCUUCGAUCAAACCGUUCGAGAAAUAAAGAGAGAGGUAAAUCUGAAGGUGCUUAAGGUUCCGGAAAUCGAACAGAAGGUGCUCGAUGCAACUGACAAUGAACCUUGGGGUCCUCAUGGUACUGCACUGGCAGAGAUUGCACAGGCUACCAAAAAAUUUACUGAAUGUCAAAUGGUCAUGAAUGUCCUCUGGACAAGACUGGGCGAAACUGGAAAAGACUGGAGAUAUGUAUACAAGGCGUUGGCGGUUAUAGAGUAUUUGGUAGGACAUGGAUCUGAACGUGCAGUUGACGACAUUAUAGAACAUACUUUUCAGAUUUCAGCACUUUCUAGUUUUGAAUAUGUUGAGCCAAGUGGGAAGGACGUAGGACUCAAUGUAAGGAAGAAGGCUGAAAACAUUGUGUCCCUUUUGAAUGAUAGGGAUAAGAUACAUGAUGUCAGAAAUAAAGCUGCUGCAAACCGUGACAAGUACAUUGGAGUUUCUUCUAGUGGUAUCACAUACAAGUCUGGUGGGUCAGCCUCUUAUAGUAGUGGCGGCAUCUCUCAGAGCAGUGGUAAGUAUGGAGGCUUUGGAUCUAGAGAUGGUGACAGGUUUAGUGAUAACAAUAGAGACAAGGGGGGAUCCUAUGAUGAAGAUUACCAUGGAAAAUCACACCAUACUGUUGCAAGUGACAAUCAAGACAACUCCUUCAAGAAGGGUUCAUCACGAUCUGUCAGCAAAAGUCCGGAAAACAAGUCAUCUAGAGUAUCAAAGUCAUCAACUAAUGCAAAUAAUUAUGGUUCAGUACCUUCUCAAAGUUCAAGUGUACCUGAAAAUAGUACUGAGGAUGACAUGGAUGAUUUUGAUCCAAGAGGAACUUCUACCAAAACUUCGGCAGGAAACUCUAACCAAGUUGAUCUCUUUGAACAAGAUUUAAUUGGUGACUUCAUGGAUGCUCCAACAUCUGUUCCUGUAGAGAAGCCAGCAACUGGUAAUUUGCCAGAGGUUGAUCUUUUUGCAGAUGCAUCAUUUGUAUCUGCAACACCUCAAAUGGACAAAGGAGCUAGUUCUCAACCACAGGCUGAGGUGGAUCUAUUUGCUUCACAACCCGCUAUUUCUACAGUUACACCAACAGUUGACUUGUUUUCCAUUCCUGAACCGGUAGUGCAGCCAGAUAGCAAGCCAGAGAAAUCUGGUCCUGUGGAUAACAGCUCGUUUGAUCCAUUUGCUGCUGUUCCUCUUAAUAAUUUUGAUGGGUCUGAUAUUUUUGGUGAUUUUACUUCUCAAUCUGAUUCGUUGUCUUCCCAGCCCUCCAAUAAUGUUGUCAAUGAUGACAAACAUGAUAAUAUCGCUGGUAAAUCAUUAGCAGACUCUAAACUUCCAGCUAAAAAGGAUACUUUCCAGGUGAAGUCUGGUGUCUGGGCUGAUUCACUAAGCCGCGGACUGAUUGAUCUCAAUAUAACUGCCCCUAAAAAAGUAUCCCUUGCGGAUGUUGGGAUUGUGGGUGACUUGAGCGAUGGAUUUGACGGAAAGGAGAAAGGCCCUCCACCUUCAUUUUAUAUGGGGAGAGCUAUGGGUUCAGGUUCAGGAAGUAUUGGACUCGGUAGGUCUGGAUUCACUCCUUCACAACCAGCACCUGGAGACGACAUAUUCUCAAACCUUGGCUCCCAACAAUAUCAAUUCGGUGGGUUCCAGAAGUAAAAAUCUGACUCAUCCCAAUCACAUUUUCACUCAUUCUUUGUGUGUCGGCACUUCAGAGCUUGUUAAGCUUUUUGGCAUGGUUUUGUUGGUAUAUAUUUCUCAAUAUUUUGUGAUUAUAUUAUUUUAAUCCUUAAGCUACUGUUGCGUCUAAAAUGCUGUUCAUGUCUGAUCGAUUGCCAUCCAGCGGACUAAAAGUACCGAAACAUAUGGUGGCACUACUUUGAGUUGUAAAAUAUCCGUGUCAACUAUAAGAGGUUUCUGUUGAUGUUGUUA